AAUUAGUUAAUGCUGGAUAUUAGAUCUAAAGCAGUGACUAUUGACGACUAUUCGUCACUAUUCUCUACUUUUUGCUACUGUUCACCACUAUUCGCACUAUUUGGGACUAUUCGCUAUUCGCUAUUCGGGUUUUCCAGACACCCUUCUCUAUGUUCUUGCAAGUUAUGGAUAUUAGCUCACAAUCUAGUGGAUUCUCUGCCAUGUUGGCUAAGGAAAGGUGGGCAGUCUCACUCCUACAACCUAGGAUACUUUUUCAUCUCUCUACAAGCGUGUUCCAAGUUUGAAUCCAAGAUGGCUCUAGCUUGAUCAAAAUGUAUUUGCUAGCCAAAGUACGGCUGCAUUCCAGGCUAGUCCAGAAACUGUCACCUGGUAAAAUUACAAAAUGGUAUUUCUAAGCUUCUUAAAAUAAAUAGAACUCACCUAAACAGGAAUUUAUUCAGCUUACAACCUACAAUACUUAGCAAAACUCUUUUCUAAAUCAUGUGUUGUGUCAGUAAAUUGCUUAUUGCCUGGAAUAUCUCUUAGCAGACACACUAGCUUGUUUUUAUAACUUGAUGUAAAUGAGGUACAAAUUUGUUUUUGCAGGUUAUGGAGCUAGUCCUGGAUAUCCCACUCAGAUGGGCUAUCCACCUCCUGGUGGAGGAUAUCCUGGAGGUUUUGGAGGUCCCCCUCCACAAGCUGAUCCUACACUGUGGAAUUGGUUUGUUACUGUAGACAGAGAUAGGUCAGGUGAAAUAACAGCUGAUGAACUUCAACAGGCACUGCUCAAUGGAAACUGGUCCCACUUCAACAGUGAAACCUGCAGGCUAAUGAUUGGUAUUUUCGAUAGAGAUCAGUCUGGCACCAUCAGUUUCCAAGAGUUUCAACAACUUUGGCAAUAUAUUCAGCAGUGGAAAGGUUCUUUUGAUAGAUAUGAUACAGACAGAUCAGGAGCUAUAGAAGGCCAGGAAUUACAUCGAGCAUUUGCUGAGAUGGGUUUCAAUGUGUCACCUAAUUUUGUUAGCUUAGUAGUUACAAGGUUUGACAAGCUUGCCCGUCGAAGCUUGAAGCUGGAUAGUUUUAUUCAAUGCUGUGUCAUGUUACGAGGUUUGACUGAUGCAUUCAGAGCAAGAGACACAAACCUAAAUGGAAAUAUCACCAUUAAUUAUGAAGACUUCAUGUGUAUGGUGCUUUUAAACAAGCCUUAAAAACUUAUUUAAUGUACAAUUUAAAAGCAGCUCCGUAUUUCAUGGUAUACAACUGAGAAGAUUGCUGAAAGCCAGCAAAUUUGCCAUUAAUUUUUAAUUGCACUUAAUCACCAUGUAAUCAUAAUUUUCUCAUGCUGUGAUCUUUGAAUGUUCUUUUGAAUUGCACUUUCUUAAUUAAAGGCUCAUGCAAUUUUGAGAGAAUUUUCCAAAUAUCACUCGUAGUGUAAAGGUUAUUACACUUGAAUUUUGCAAUAAACUAUUGCUAAUUAUUAUUGUAAACCAUUUCUUAAGUAGAGCACCUCGCGUGAAAAUACAUCAUGAAUGCCUAGACCUUGAUGCAGACCUACAGAAGUAUGUUUUGAUUUUUUUAUUUGGUUUAGUUGUUCAGAGGUAGUCAUACAAAUCGAUGAAAAUCGAUAGACUUAGCUAUUUAUCAACUUUCAAACGCAAACCCAUUUCCAAAAUUCUGGUUGUUUUGAACUCUUUGCUGUUUUGAACUUAUAUCAGUUCCCCUUGGCCUAAAAUCAACCUUCUUUAUUUCAAACUCUGUUGACAGGGUAAAACAGAUUCAUGACAUACAGUGUAUCAGCUCAUGUCACAACACGGCUGGAAAGUUACCACAUUACAUCAUGUUGAAUACAAAGUCGCUUCAUUGUGCUAUUUAAGACUAACCCAGUUAUUUUUUAUAUCCCCUUAUUUCAAAGUAUUUUUCUUCUCUCAGAGUUCGAAACAGCAGGGUUCAACUGCUGGUAUUAUAAAUGUCCAAACAUCCUUGUUUCUUCAUGAGGUACUAGUAUCAGUCUAUGGAACGCUUUUUCAUUAAUCAUACCUGGUUUAACAAUACAGGCAGGAACAUAACUAGGAUCAGUCAAUUGAAUAAGAAUGGCAACUAUGCAAAAGGGCGUGAACGGUAGUCACCAUUUUUAUUUAAAUCAGUGAUCCAAGUUGAUCCAGUAUUUUUCCGGAAAACUUGCACAAUAAUUAUUUGUGUUACAAUUGAAAGCAGUUUAUCAGUUUUGAUCAGUUAUCAUCGAUUAGAGAUUAUCAAUAUAAAUCGAUUGAUAUCGCUUUUCAUCCAUUGAGGCCUUGGGUGUCCCAUGGCGUAACGAGGGCAGAUGGUGAUUGAUUGUUCAGGCCCAUUCUUCCUAGUUUAAAUGUGUUUGUAGAGAGUUGAAGGUAGUUGUUAAUAGUCUGUGCCAAAAUAAAAUAGUAGCAAAAUUGUAAGAAAGUGUUCAAAGUGUGAUAGGCAUCGUCUGUGUUGUGACCUAGAAAUAAAUUCUAAUAUCCUUGGAGCAGA